CCCGUUUCCCUAGAGUCCUAUUUCCAGCUGACCCCCAACAGGUGUAUUGUACAAACGGAUUUGCAUUUUCACGCCGCCACGCCUUACCCAACCACCGCUCCCUUCGAAAUAAACAUUGCAAAACCAUACGUGACUCCGCUCCGUCGCAUCCUAAACCGAACCGUUUUCCGACCGAUUCUUCCCAAAAGCGCAGCCCCGCCGCCCCCCGGGAACCUCGCGGUGAGGAAGUUGGGUCGCCGCGAUUCCACCUCGCCCGUUUCUUCUGCCCACAGACCGGUUUCGAACAAGGCAAGACCAAGAGCUUUUCACGUGGAGCCAAAACAAGGGCUCUUUCCCAAAGGAUGCGGAGGAGCGCGGCCGGGAGAACAAAGGCAGGAAGAACCAGCUCAUGCUGCUCAGGAAAAGGAUGCAAUGCCAGCUUCAGCGAAAGAAGUCCAAGUCAUACAAUUCAAAAAAUUGAAGCAGCAGGUUAGAGAACUGCAGAUGAGGCAUAAAAGUCUGGAAACUGAGCUAUGCAGAAGAGAAUGGAGUCACAGUGCUUGUUUAAGAGAGAAAGAUGCUCUUAUUGGAAAGUAUAAACAGCGACUGUCUUUGGCAGCUGAGCAAGGACAGAUUCUGGAACAGAGUAAAAUGCAAGCAGAACUGGACUGGCAGCAGCUCUGUGAGCAUGCUGAAAGUAAUUGGGAUCAGAAAUCAGAGGAUCUAACACAGAGCCUGUCUUCAGUGAGAGAGCAGAUACUGACGUCCUCUGCUUUCCCUCCCUCCACUCUCUCCUAUUCUGAAGCUGAUCUGCAGAAAAUAGACUAUGGGUUACAUGAAAUGAAGACUGUUCUUUCUGCUUUGCCUGUGGAGAGAGAGCAAACAACACAAGCAUCCUUUAAUCACAGUAUUUUACCUGAAGGGGAGAAACAGGUAUGUAAGCAUGCUGAUAGAAGUUCUUUGAGCAAAGACAUUCCUACCUUGGAAAUAAAAAAGCUGCAGGAGCAGAAUUCCAACCUUCGGGCUGCUGUUGCACAAAUGAGGAAAGAAAUGGAGAGUCUUAAUGACCAGAUGGUGUCUUCUCUUCCUCUGACUGAAAACAGGCAGCUUGCAGAGCAAGGUUCAUUGUACACAAAUAAAAUUCCACCUGGAACAGCUUUGAGCAAUAUCAAAGUCAGCUCAACCGACUUGGAUUCUGUAGCAAACCCAGACACAGACAAGGGGCCAAACCCCAAAGUUCUUGAAGAAAAGAUGGUAGAUCUUGGACAACAGUUACCUGACAUUGGUCCUGGUGUUGGUCUUCAGUAUGGUGUCAGCUGCACUAUACAAGGAAUGCAAAAUAAGCUGAAGGAAGCAGCCAGAAAAAUUUCAAUUCUGAGCCAAGAGAAGCAGCAGCUGAUUGAAAUGGGAAACAGACUCAGAGCAGAACUCAGAGUGGUAUUGAAGGAAGGACUUUGGCAUCCUGUUAGCUCUAAGCGCUGCACGGUUUGUUUUGCUUCUGGUACUCUUUUUCCAAGAGAGCUUAUCAAAAGAAUACAGUGUCAGCUAUCAGCUUUAAAGCAUCUGCAGCACGGACUUGCAACUCAGGUUCAACUGGACUUCGCUCUUGAACAUCAUGGGCCAGAGCCACGAAAGGCAGAUACAUCCUCAAAGGUCAUUCAAGGUCAGCCACUCAGGAAGAGUCCUGGUCAAGCACAGCAGGUCCAGCUUUUUUCAUCUGGAGCACGUAAUUUCUGCCAAGGUAUUUGGCAAGCUUUAGAAAUGGAAUCAAGCCCUUCCGUUCUCAGUCCUCAGAAGAACACCAAUGAGGUGGAGUUUGAAGUUGUAUGUUCAACUGAGCGAGCUGAAGAAUCUCAGCAAAAUAUCAAAGCCAAGGAUAAACUUGAAAUACCACCUGCAGAUUUGACAGUCAGAGGAACCAGGCUGGAAGUUCAGCAGAAGUUAAAAUCCAGGAGUUUAUCUUGUGCUUAUCCCAGAAAACCAAAAAUCUCUUCUAACAGGGCAAAAAUCCGCAACUAUAACAUUAAAGACUGAUUUCUUUGUUGGCAGCAAAUUCCAGGUCCACAUUCACUACUACUUCACUUUGGAAUCUGUAAAUCAGUUCUAAAUAUCAGCUUCGUUUUUAUUUGUCAAGUUGGGAUGUUCUCAGCCAGAAGAGUGAGCAGGUACCACGUUUCAUGGUGUGAACCCUAAAAUAAAGGUUUAAUCUGUCUAUAUUAUGAGAUUAGUCUUCACUGUUAAUACUGAUUUAUUUUAAUUACAGAGGUUAAAUAUUGCUUGCAUCAUGGAUUUAGAAAUGCCAAGUUAAUACAUACGAAAAGCCUUGUGUCUUCAGGCAGGGCUUGCAAGUCUUUAGCAAAUAUUUUGUUGAGAAACUAUAGAUGUAAUUUAAGUUUACAAGUGGGAUGCCUCAACCUACUUUUCUUUCAUAAUUAACAGUGUAACCGUUAAUCCCGCACAGCUGUCUUUCUACUUGAACGCAAGGGGUUUUAAAAGAUUACACUUGAAUCUGUUUUGUUUCUCAUCUUCUGUAGCUCUUUCCCCUUAAGACAGCGUGGAAGAACGUAAAGUAAAACUCUUGCUGUCACACCAACGGUUAUGUUUUUCUUUAACAAGAGAUUGCAUAGUGAAAAAACACCUUCAUUAACAAGACUUAGAAUAAUACAGAAGCACUGUGAGAAAUAAGUCUCACAACAGAUAAAACUAAAAGAAAACUUGAUCGAGUUGUGAUGUAACGAGGGAUAUCUGUAUAGUUAUGAACACACCAGGAUGCUGAAACAAGUAAUCAUCUAUGUUUGCAAUGUUCCCAGUAAUGCAAAGAUGUCUUGAGCUAUUACAGUGAUGACUUUUGCUAUAAAUGAAGGAAAUACACAUGAAAAACACAAGAAAAAUGUUUUUACAGUGAGGAUGCUCAAGCACUAGAACAAAUGGCCCAGAGAGGUUAUGGAGUCUCCGUCUGUGGAGGUAACUCCAAACUCAACCGGACACGGUUCUGGGCAACCUGUUUGAGCUGGCCCUCCUUGAGUAGAGGGAUUGGGCUGGGUUAUCGCAGGAGAUCUCUUCCACCAGAAGCGACUCGAUGACUGGUAUCACCGAGUUCAGUAACUUUUCUCAGUUGCAGCUAAAAACGUAUAAAAUCAAGGCAGGGUUAAUGAAGGAGGAGCGCUAUUUAACCAUGAGUGCUUUUUUUUCCUGCAGCGCUUUUCUUUUUAGAAAUGCUCUCCUGGUAUUCUUUACAAACAGCUGUUCUUUUUCACACCUGAUGAUGUGGUAGUAAUCAUUCUGAGAAUCUGAAUUAUUCUUCUACUCCCUGCUGAAAAUAUUUUGCUUUAGUGCAAAAGUUGCAAUGAUAGCGUAAUCAGAUGCUAAAUCUGCAAUAAAUUUCAUUGAGAAAUUACCAAGCCAGUGCGAUGCCUGAGAG